AUGGAAAAAAUUCCAUAUAGUUCUAAAGUUGGGAGCUUGAUGUAUGCUCAAGUAUGCACUCAUCCUGAUAUAGCAUUUGCUAUUAGUGUCCUUGGUAGAUACUUGAGUAAUCCUGGAUGGAGUCACUGGAAAGCUACAAAGCAAGUUAUGAGAUAUUUGCAGGAUACUAAGAAUUAUAUGUUGACUUACAAAAUAUCUGGUAAUCUGGAAGUCAUUGGGUACUCUGAUUCUGACUUUGCAGAUUGUGCAGAUAAAAGAAAAUCUACUUCUUGUUACAUCUUCAUUAUGUCUGGAGGAGCUGUUUCUUAG